AUGUCCAGUACGGAGAAGGUCUCAACUUCCGACCAGGAGGUCCCACACCUCCCGCAGGUGGAUCAUGAAGCAGUCACUCAAGAUGAGAAGGCUACUCCCGCGGAAGAGAAGCAUCUGGUGAGAAGGCUCGACGAGCGGAUCAUGCCUUUCAUCUGCUUCUUGUUUCUGUGCUCCUAUCUCGACCGAGUGAAUUUGGGCAACGCACGGCUGCAAGGCCUCCCUCAAGAUAUCCUUGGUGGUGACCCCACUGGCGUUUUGUUUGACUGGGCCAGCUCCGCAUUCUAUUUCUCAUUCAUUAUGUGCCCCGUGCCCCUCACAGUACUUUUCAAACUCUGCCCGCCUCGAGUUUGGUUCUGUUUCGUUGCUGUGGGGUGGGGAGUUUGUGCUGUCCUCACGGCGACGUCCUUCAACUUUGCUGGCGUGCUCGUCUCCCGCAUCGCUCUAGGCGUAUCCUAG